UUUUUGAAGGAAACUAAUUAGCAGGAAUAAAGAGCCAAGUGUUUCCCCCCCACAGUGAUCAGAACUCAUUCUACCUCUGCAGCUCGCACAAACCCCUCCGUCCCCUGUCGUCUGUUCACCACAGCCUACAUGUAGCUUUAAUUACACUGUUGUCUGGUAACAACUUGGACCCCGCUGCUCUCUCUCCCUCACCCCGUUUUUUCCCCCUUCCUCCUAGCUCCGUAAAAACGCUGAGGAUCCUUCACAAGGAAUCGCGCAGAGAGAAGUCUCUCUGCGCGAUUGUUUUCUGGACUACUACCCAUUCGGCGUACGGAGCUUUGUACCAGAGCCGCUGCAUAAAUGUGGGGGAGUAAUGCUUGGCAGCUGUAGCCUCUGGUAUGGACAGCGGUGAGGGAGGAGGAGGAGGGGACGGAGGGGGAGGAGAGGAGAGAGAUGCUGACCUCAGUCCCCGGGCUUUAUCUCUUCCUCUCCUGACCCCAGCGGUCAGUACCGAGCAGGGGUCAUCUUCUCAUACCUCAGCCAUGGCCCCUGCCAAAGAGCCCCUGACCCUGCCACAGCAGGGGGAUGAGGAAGCAGAGGGGUCCGAGGCUAGAGAAGAGACCCGGGGAGGUGAGCAGAAAGAAGGAGGCCGACAUUCAAAGGAGAAUGGAGCGUGUCAAAAGCAGGGCAUGAAGGAAGACUUCGGGGAGGCAUAUUUGUCAGCGCAAGGGAAGGAAGAAGGGGAGGUGCUUGUAGGUGUAGUAGGGGCGUCAGUUACAAGGGGCCUCUCAGCAGCCCUUAGCAGCAAAGGAGAGGAGGAGGAGGAGGAGGAGGAUGACGAGGAGGAGGAGGAGGAUGACGAGGAGGAGGAGGAGGAGGCGGCGGCGAAGGAAGAGGAAGAGGCCAUCUCAAACCAAAGCCUAACCAAAUCCAAAUGUUCUUUAUUACCUCAACAGAGCCAGCACAGCUCUUCUUCCAGCACUGCAAAGGCCAGUGGCACACUCAACAGCAAAAUUGCCGCCUCUCCAAAGCCCUCCCCCAUUACUUCCACCUCUCCAAAGUCCUCCCCUCUUCUUUCCAACUCUCCAAAGCACUUCACUUGUCCGUCCUCCUUUUCAGCCCUGCUGAGCGAGACAGAGGUAAAAGACAUUAAGGGAGAUCAGGGCUGGAUUUCUGAGUUUCCCCAGAGCUUUAAAACCCAGCAGUCUACCCUGGCGUUUCAACUGGCAGGUAUGGAGCCUGCCAGUGCAGCUACUGAGGAUAAUGGGCCAGCGGGGGUUUCUCACUCUCCCAUUUCCAAUGGAGAUGGUGCCAAAGCUCCAGAACCAAAUGACAGCCAGCUAGACACAGAGGUGGAUGACGAGAGAGACAAAGAAGAAGAACAGAAAGAAGCUGUCCUUAAAAACCUCAACCAAGACCUCUCUCCUAAUUCCCUGACCAGUCACAUGACCAUAAUGCACUCCCGCAACUCCUGCAAGACGCUGAAAUGCCCCAACUGUAACUGGCACUAUAAGUCCCAACAUACUCUGCAAGUCCACAUGAAGGAGAAACACCCAGAGACGGGAGGCCAGUGUGUGUGUGCGGCCUCCGGGGUAAAGUGUGUGUGUGGCGCUGCAACGCGAGGUGUGUGUGCAUAUUGCAGUUCGGGAAAACCCCAUCCUCGCUUGGCCCGUGGCGAGACCUAUGCCUGUGGCUACAAGCCCUACCGCUGUGAGGUGUGUGACUAUGCUACCUCAUCGAAAGGCAACCUCAGCAUACACAUGCAGUCGGAUAAACACCUUAAUAACGUCCAAAACGGAGGACACUCGAAUGGUAGCGUGCACACUUCCCACAUUACCGGCAACAACAACAGCAGCAGCAGCAGCUUCUCCAACGGUAACGCGGCGGAUGAGCCCACGUACAAGCCCCCGCUCUCUACACCCACGGCCACCACCCUGCCCGCCAAGCUCACACCACCGGCGCACACUCACUCUCAUAGUAAGCGGUGGCGGUGUGACGUGUGCGACUAUGAGACCAGCAUCGCCCGCAACCUGCGCAUACACACCACCAGCGAGAAACACACCCACAACAUGCUGCGGCUCCAGAGAGGUUACUACCUGUCGCACUGUAGGAGUCUCGCCCCUCAGCUGAAACACUUACAGAGCGCAGGUGCAGAGCUCUCCUUGAAUAUGCGACUGACCAGUCAGCAAGUCGCAGAUCAACCAGUCACCCUUGGGUCUACGCUUACUCCUUCUCCCUCCCCCUCCCCCUCACCUCCUCCAGCCCCGACUCUGUCCCCCACUGAACCCCUCUCCCAGGGGGGCGUAUUUCAAUGCCUUGUCUGCUCCUGCUUUUCGUCUGACAGCUUAGAGUCCGUGGAGCAGCACCUGAACGCCCCUCGAUCUCUGCCCCAGCCUGAGUGGUGCUCCCUGGUCGCUGGCGGCUGCCACUGCAGGCUGUGCGGCUACACCACCCAGCUGAGGGCUAACUUCUCCUUACACUGCCAGACGGACAGACACCGCACCCGCUACCAGCUCGCCGCUCACCUCCAGGAGGGCGGGGAUAGGGGCGAGGAGGGGGCGGCCCUUAUUGCCAAGGGCAACCCCAUCCAGGUGUGGUGCAACCUGUGCGACUACGUGACCGGCAGUUUGGAUAAGCUGCGAGGACAUUCCCUCAGUUCACACCACAAAGCCAGCGCCCGGGUUUACCAAUUCCUGCAGCAGUAUGACGGGGAGGUUGAUGGGGGAUCAUGGCUGUUCCAUUGUCUCUUAUGCAACCACUCAUCCUCUUCUAAACUACAAGUACUGAAACACAGUCAAACCCCAACCCAUCAGCAGAGGGAAGGGCUGCUACAGCUGGAGCCAAUGGGUGGAGAGGAGUUGGCAGCCAUUUUUACCAUCAGGAAAAGCCCUGACGGUGUCACAGUAGAGCUCAGUGAGGAUAUUGAAACUUCCAGUGAGACCUCCGCUGGUCCUUUGGACACAACCAAAGACACUUGUAACUUGGGGACAAAGCAGAUUUCUAAAGAGACAGAACCGACUAGGGAGGAGGAAAGCGAAAAGAGGGAGUCGUUUCCAUCAGCCAAGCGUCCAUCCUCUGAAUGUGAGGAAAUGGAAAACUCCAUCUCAACCAAACGUCCCAGAAUACACCAGCAAAAUCCAAACCAGCAGACUGUCCAGUGCCCUUUGUGCCAGGUUAAACUCCAACACACACACCUUCGGCAGCAUCUCACGCACGUGCACAAUGUGGCACAGGACUGUGUAGACAAGCUCAUCAGCACAGUCACACUAUCCAAGGAACAACCGCAGCCUAAGCUGCAGGCAAAACCACAGACAGAAGAUUCUAGUGUCUGUGUUGAUUUACAGAACAACCAAGGCAUUUCAGUUGAGAGCACUGAGGGAGAUGUAGCCGCACCCAAAGAUGUCACAGCUCUACUCACCCCACCCCUAGAAGACAACACCACUCACCCUUACAAUGGCAGACUGGCUCCUCAGUCCCCAAUUCAGACCCCUCCUUCCUCGCCAACUGGCGACCCCCCUCCCCUUUCUGAUCGCCAUGGUUACCGGUUCCGUUGCAGCAGUUGCAGCUUGGCGUUCCCCACUCAAGAAAAGCUCCAGCUGCACUGGCAGUACCAUGCCAUGAGGGCGGCAACAGAGUGUCCGCUCUGCGCUUGCCGGUGCCGCAGUCAAGAGGCCUUGCAGAGACACAUGCAGAACACACACUCACAGCUGGACAACACACAGGGACAGGAUACACUCUCACCGCCUCACACCGCUCAAUACAUGGAGCAAAAUAAGAGUUCAGUUCAAAAAGAUUUUAGUUUAUCACCUCAAGCGGGUCAAGAAGCAGUAGAGGGUGAGUAUGAAGAGAUGGAGGAAGAAGCCCUAGGCAUGGAGGGAAAGGAGGAACAAAAGAGGAAGUACAUGAAAGAGAAUGACGUAAACGGGGAAAUCGAUGGAGAGGAUGAAGUUUCGACUGAGCCAGACAAAGGGUCAAAUGUGGAGAUCGUAACAGAACCUACUUCAGGCUUCCUGGUCAAAAAGGACUCCAAUCCCACAAUGGACCGCUAUCUGGAUCCAGCCAGGCCCUACAAAUGCACAAUAUGCUCUGAAUCCUUUACCCAGAAAACCAUUCUUCUGGUCCACUAUAACUCUGUGUCCCAUCUCCACCGGGCCAGAAGGGCGUUACAGGACUCUGGCACAGGUGUUGCUGUCCUCGAGGCUCCCCGUGGCCCAGAUCCUAGGCCCUACCGAUGCCGAUUGUGUGGAGUGGGCUAUAGCCAGAGCUCCACGCUGGACAUACAUCUUCGCUCCGUUCUUCAUCAGACUAGAGCUCGUGCUGCCCAGAACUCGGCACCACAGACCCCAGCAUCAAGUGUGGGGGCUUCAGUCCCCACUACUCUUACUUCGGCUCCCAACAAAGAAGAAACAUCAAAGGGUUUGCCAUUCUCCAAGAGGCCAGAUGUAACCUGUUCAACCUCUGUACUAUUAGGCCCUGGUGUAGAAACUGACGCCCAGCGAACCCUCUCUAUCCCAACUGAAAGCCAGCAGGCUAAAAGUAGAGUUGCAGAACUUAUAGCGUCAAGAAAUCAGCUAAUGUUAAUACAACAGCAGCAGUUAGCCCAGGCUCAGGCACAGGCCCACGCUCAGCUACAGCAACACACAGCUCUGCUCCAGUCCCAAUUGAUGCAGCACCUUCCCUUAGGGACAGAAAAUCUCCUUAAACAACACUUCUCCCUGGCACCAGACAACUUGCUCUCUCUGCAACAGCAACUUCUUUUGCCCUUUUAUUUGUCAGGGGACAUGAAUUUUAACCCAGAAUUAAGUGUUAAGAACCCAGAACUUAGUCAGUUAGUAUGUGCCAACUCCAUCCCCAAAGAACCAGUUACGGUGGAAGUUAAAAAGGAGUGCCAAACUCAAAUAGAUGAGAACCAAACCCAGAGACAACAUUCAAAUUCAACUGUUAGCCAAUUAAAGGAUCGUGUGCCGUGUGAAGCCAAUGUUGAAGCUGGCGGCAGUGGAUCCGCCAACAACAAGUUUGAACAAGGACACAGCAAUUCUAAUCAAGACGAAGGAAAAGAAGAAAGGCCUGUUCCUAGUUUUAAAAAUAAGUGUCAGAAAGCAGAAACGGAUUCCUCUUCAUUUACUCGCCAUGGAUUGCAAUGUUCUCCUCCCAGAGUUCCCUAUGCAGCUGUGAAUGGCGAGACUGUUCGGGCCCUGCUCCAGAGUUAUGGCUAUGAGUUGGCACUGCAAUACAUACAAAGUAGACAUAGACACCAGCAGCAAAUAUCAAUCCAUAUGAUACCAGAUAAACCAUGGGGCUCUGAUAAUGACAAGAUGGAGGGUUACUCAAAAGAAGAAAAAGUUGAGUUAAGUGGACUACAGGAUGUAAAGCCAGAAGGCUGUAUCAACGAUGACAAAGAAUUACAAGGCAACAAAGAGAUCCAAAGUUUGCCACAUGACAAAACAAAUCAAGAAGAGGAAUCUGUAAAGAAAGAGAGAGGUUGUUGUGGAAAGGGAGAAAAGUGUAGAGACUGUGGCAAGGUUUUUUCAGAUGCCUUGAUUCUGAAAAGUCACCGGGAGUACAUUCAUAGGAAACUGUUUCCUACUCCUGCACUGGAGAGAUUUUCCAGGGAGUACAGGCUGCAGUAUGACCAGAUGUACCCACUCACACAACCUAAAUCUGUAGAUAAUCCAAAUGCCUCUGCCUCUGCUCCUGUCCCAUCCUUAAAAUCAGAACCAGCAAUGGAAACGGUUAUGUCUCAAGUUAAAAGUCUUGAGCCCUCUCCUGCACCGUCGUUUUCAGAUCCCAUUACAAACGCAUGUGCUCUUGCUACAGAUUUAUCAACAACUACUCCCACACCUUCUUCUUCUCCUCCAUUAAUUCCUCAAUCUCAAGAAUAUCCGCAACAAGAGUCACCCACCACAAGCACGGCUGCAACAGCUACUUCUCAAACAACAACCCCAGCUAAGGACACACCUCUUACCUUACAGAAAAUACUUAUGCUUCCUCCAGGCUUGUCUCAGCUUCCCAUUGCCCAACGGCCUUUACCUAACCUUCCCCUAUCCCACAUUCCUUUUCCCAUGGACCUACCCCUCCUUUCUCCGGUUGUGAUGCAGUCUGUGGGUCUCCAGCCCCAAACUUGGUUAGACUCAAGUAUGAACCCUCAGUUGGCAAAACUCUACCAAUCUCAACUCAACACGGCACUUCUAGGGCAACAGCCACAACUCAGUCCUUCUCUGCUUGUCCAGCAGUCCCAGCCCAGCCCAGCUUUGCAAGGUCAGCCAUCCCAGAUCAAUUCUACGCUGAUAGGUCAACCAUCCCAACACAGCCCAAUCCAAACAGGACAGCAACCCCAAGUCAGCCCAACAAUACAUGAACAUCAGGGUAAGAGAACCCGAACCCGCAUCUCUGAGGAGCAGCUGACUGUCCUGAGAAAACACUUUGAUAUUAACAGUCUCCCCAGUGAUGGAGACAUGAACAAGAUGUCUGGUCUGUCUGGGUUGCCUCAUAAAGUUAUCAAACACUGGUUUCGCAACACCUUAUUCAAAGAGCGCCAGCGAGACAAGGAUUCCCCUUACAAUUUUAAUAACCCCCCAACUAUAGCCCUAGAGGAGCCCAGAAAAGUAGCACAACCCCAGCCUCUGUCACUUUCCCCAUGUUUGCUGUCCCCAGCCCUUCCAGCCCAUACCUCCCCACAAGCCCACACAACAGACCUCCCAAGAGGAGAGCCCAAUAGGGGCCGACGCUCCUCCCGAACCCGCUUUACGGAACAACAGCUGGAGACCCUGCAGAAGGUGUUUAAGGCGACUCCCUAUCCCAGAGAGGAAGAAUAUGAUCGAAUGUCUGCUUUGUUGUCCCUCCCUAAUAGAGUCAUUGUUGUGUGGUUCCAAAAUGCAAGACAGAGAGCCCGUAAAAAUCAAGAACGGGGGACUGAUGAUGGAUCAGAGGGUAAGAACCAACAUGACAACAUACACAGACAGAGAACUGGCCUCUACAAGAAUGAUGAUGAGGAUAAUAGCUGUGGUGAUGAAGCAAAAGGUGAAUCUCCAAAUGAAAACUCCAUGGAUCUGACUUAUGAGUAUUACACCAACCCUGACUCACCUGUUGAUCCUUGCUCCUCCUGCAUGGAAAGUGAGCAUACAACAGUUAAUGGUGAACCACCACCUGUUACUAGAAAACAAGAAGACAAAACAACCUCUUCUCGGGCUAACAAGAGCCUUGAUCUGGUUCAAACUCCAAAUGAAAUUUCAGAUGUAGACAUCCAAUGUAAGGAAGUUGCUAAAGCCAAGAAAACCGUGUCCACUCCACCACCUGAGCCCAACCUUCAGCCAGAAAUUACUCCAGAAAGACCCCGCCCUCACUCCUCCUCCUCGUCUUCACAAAAAGAUGUACCGGCCAUUGCAUCCACAGCUCAUUCUAGCCAAGGCCAUAGAUGCAACCCUCCUUCUGAUCCAGCUGUUGAAAAGCCUGUUGAUACAUCACCGAGCGUCCCUGCUGCUUCAGAGUCUGACACAAGUUACAUUCGGCUGCCUGAUGCCACCUCUUGUCUGUCCACGGAAACCCAACAAAAAAAACAACCCCAAACACAGGCUCAGUUUCAGUGCAGUCUCUGCCCAGUGUCAUUACCCUCAUUCCAACUUUGGCAAGAACAUCAGAACAAGCACCUCCUGGCAGCUCAGUCCCAGGUCCAAUUUCUACACUCUGGCUUCACAGACCGAACCAUGCCUUACAUGAUGCUCCAUCCCAACAACACCCUGAUGGCUAGCCAAAUGAUGUCCCAAAUGCACUCUAAUCCCACACAUUCCAUGAUUUCACACUUAAACAGCAUACAAAUGAAUAACACGCUCUCUGAUCACUCGAGUAACAACCUCACUAACCUCUCUCAAAGUUCCCUGACACCCAUGAAGCAGAGCUCAAAGCUCAUGUGGGAAACCAAUUUUGAAGGCCAAAGGGGCGUUGGAGAGAUUGAGGAAGAGCACCGAAGGGAUAAGCGUCAGAGAACCACCAUCACCCCAGAACAGCUUGAAGUGUUGUAUCAGCGCUACAGUAUGGACUCCAACCCCACAAGAGGAGUGCUGGAAGGCAUUGCACGCGAUGUCGGCCUGACGAGACGUGUGGUUCAGGUCUGGUUUCAGAAUACACGAGCCAGAGAGCGAAAAGGACAGUUCCGGUCAAUGGGUCCAGGAUCCAGUUUCAGUUUGGGUUUAAACCACUUGCGCUGCCCAUUCUGUAGGGCUCUCUUCAAGGUAAAGAGUGCUCUUGAUGCCCAUAUGAGGUCACGCCACUGGGCAGAGGCUGAAAGAGCAGGCUACAACUUAUCGAUGAGUAAUGGAUCCAACGGGCCAAUAGGGAUGGCUAUGUCCUCGGUCAUGGACAGACCAGGCCCGUCUAUCUCCUCUAACCCCAUCCCAAACAAUGGCUAUGUCAUCCUUAACAAAGAGUUAAGUAUGAAGCCACCUGUUACCUCUUUAACCACCGAUCUGAACAACCCGGAAGAGGAUGAUGACUAUGAGGAAGAUGAUGAGGAGUACCCAUGUGAGGAGGGUUCAAGUGUGGUUGACCAAGGUUCUCCCAGUCCAGAGGGAUCCAGGGGUCCGAGCUCAGAUUGGGGUGAUACGCUGAGUCUGCAACAGCACCAACAUCAGCAGCAGCGGCAACGGACACAGAUGAGCCACUACCAGGUACUCCAGCUCAGAGAUUUCUACAGGAGCCACCGCACCCCCAACCGACAUGAUUGUGAGACACUGGGCCAGGAGCUGGGACUGCCUCACCGAGUUGUGCAGGUGUGGUUCCAGAAUGCCAGAGCCAAGGAGAAGAGGGCCAGGAGCCUGAGCUCUGACUCUGCAGAGAGGGAGCAGGCCGAGCUGUCAGCAGGGGCAGGGGAGAGAGACAGAGCUUAGAGAGGCAGACUACGUCCGUUUAGCUUUUUUUCUACAACAUUCCCCCUGACCCCCCUUCCCCCACACCACCCCCUGCACCUUCUGUUGAUCUCUAAACAUAUACCCUGUCCACAUUGCUGCCAAAUCUGAAACCUGAACACCCCAAAGAUGCCGAGCCACAGUGGCCCAAAAAGAAACUCUCUUAACUGAGAGAGCCCAAACCAAGUCCUCUCGAUACAGCUUUCCUCUUUUCAUAUCGUUAAACUCUUUUCCGGUCUGUCAUUUAAUGUCGAAAAGAGCUCCUCUCCCUAUUAGGUCGAGACACCUUACUACAACCAAACACCACCUUGAUUUAAAUAACCAACCAGAUGCCACAGAGGCCAAAGAGCAUUCUCCAAGUAUGUGACCUCACUGCCCAGCUAGACCUGCAGUCUACCUCUCAGUCUGCAUGACAGACUCACAGUGGGCCCUCCACCAGAGCUAGAUGACUAGCUGUGUAGCAUGUAGUGCCACUCUGAAAGAGGCUGGAAAAGAAAUUGUCAAAGAGAUUUUAAUGUACAUAGAGAGCUCCAAAAGAUAAACUUGAAGAAAAACCAAGCAGUUCACAGUGAGAGAAGAGUUGGGUGGAAAAAAAAAAGAACAUGGAAAAAUAUCCUUGAAAGAGAUGGAGGUGUUCGCAUAGAGCUUUUGUAAAGACUGACUCAGAUUCCAAAGCUCCUAACCAAAAUGUUUCAUGUCUGUGAAUUUAGUUUCAACACAGAGCUGACGUCUGUACGGUGAUUGGGUGAAAUCUGCAGCUGGCAAAAUGAAACCGGGUACCAAUAGACUGACACGGUGCCAGAAUGCAGCCUCACCCCCCCACAAGCCAAUGAUGAGUCUUCUGUUGUAUAUGUACACCUUCUAUGUUCCUUUACUGGAUAACAGCCCAAAUAGCACAGAACGAAAAGGCCAGUUUGUCCUCAACGGGGCAAACUAUUUUUUAUAGCACUCAACCAUUAUACUGUAUAUGAAAACUUUAACCAAACUGAAAUUUACAUUGUGUGUGUGUGUGUGUGUUUAGAAAUAGUUUCUUAAUAUAAAUCUUAUGGACUGAGAUAAACUGUCUUGCUUCGAUAUAAUAGUGUCAUGAUUAGUAAAUGAUUAUGACAACUUUGAUAUGUUCAGGCAAGGUGACCUACUGCCUUUCCGUUCCAGUUGAAUAUACCAAUGGCAUACCAAUGUUAUUUGAUUGAUGUAAAGCUUUCUAUGCUCAGGUCAACGGCUCAACAUGGCUCUGCUGAAAUUGUGGUCUUGAUACUGUACUUUUCUGUUUUUGAAACGGAUAAGGCAUUUAACCUAAGACUAAGUAUUAAAAGAUAUUUACAAAAACAUCUGUAUUUCAAAGAUCUGAGCUUUCACCACUAAGUAAUAGAUUGUUACCAAAACCUUAUUGAAACUAAAGUGUUUAAUAGUGUAAGGGGUAAAUGUACAGUAUUUAGCUUUUGUAUGGUUGACUCGAGACUUCAUUGGAUGAUUGAGACAUAGCUCCCUUGUCCACUUACCGAUUAGGGAGCUACUGCGCAAAACUGAGAAAAACUUUGGAUGUUAUUGAUGUUAUUUUUGUACACCUAAUUUAUUUUACCUCCUCCUCCUACCUUAUCAACUUUUCCUCCUGUUCAUUUGCAACCCGUCUUUAUUCUAACUGUAAUAAUGAUAAUAUAACAAUAAUUAAUGCUUUAAGACAAAAAUCCAAAGACGUGAUAAUACUUUAACCAUAUGACCUACAAAAACAAGCGCUACUGUUUACUUGACGAUGUAUUGCUGUUUUUAAAGAAGGAAGGAGUCCCUAUAUCUAAGCUACUGUUUUCUGCCUCUCAUAAGCACACUGGAAACUGUAACCAAAACCCCAAACUAGAGCCAUGGCAGUCUGUAAUAUAGCGGUUAAAGAGUUUUACUUCUCUUGAGAAAUGUUGCAGCUUAUUUUUCUUUCUUUUUUUACCAUAGUGUUGAACUUCAGCCCUUAAGGAUGUCCAGUUUGCUGCUAAUGUACUGUAGUUUCUAAUGAUACUGUAGAAAGAUGCAUGCUCUGAUCGCUUUACCACUAGGCUUUAAUGACUACAAACUGUAAUGAUACCUGUGAUGCUGUUGAUAAACUGCUCCUAUGUUAUUCCGUUGUAAACAAAUGGAUAUGUGGGGCUCAAUUCCAUCAGGGUUUUUUUUUCAGUAUCCCAAUAAUUACCCCGACUCAGAAGAUAAAAAUGGCUUUCAGAAUACCAGAAAUAUUUUUUCAAGCAUCAUUUUUAGAGAAACCUGCUUGGGGCAUUCAUUUCUCAAUCCUUGGUACUGCAUUUGCUAUUUGAAGGAGUUCAGCCCCAAAUGUUCUACUGAUAGUGUCAGCCUUUCUGUGUUGCAAUGUCUCUAGUUUCUAGCCAUUUGCCCAUUGCAAACAGCUUUUGCUGAACUUGUCUCAGACUGACAUCACUACCGACUUUCCAAAGGAUGUGGACUGAUUUACUCUGUCAUGAUUUGUUCUUAAACUAACCAAUGUUUACGACAAUACCAAUGAGCUUUCUUCUGUACAGAAAUGUGCAUUCCAAAUACCACAAAGGCAGUUUUUUUGUAUGCUGAUUAUUUAAAAUUUCAUUUGUCAUACUCUCUUAAUCUUAUUGACUGUAAGAUGUACAUAUUGGGGUCCUCUAUGGUGAUGAGACUCCGUUAUCCUAUCUGUAGGUAAAACUAUUCUUUUAAUUUUUUCUGGAUAUGUUGUUGCCAUAGUGAUGACCAAAAAGAUACCUGUGAUGUGCACCUGUCCUUAUGUCCUGCUCCAGUGGUUUAGUGCGUCCCUAUACUCUCCCCCUGCCCAAGUUCUUCCCUACUUGUGUGUGUUUCUCUUCCUUUCCCUUCCCAUACUCCACUGAGCUAAAUAAAGUCUGCUUUGGUGCAUG